AUGAAAGGAAAAGUUGUUCUCAUCACUGGUGCUUCAUCAGGAAUAGGGGAGCAAAUGGCUUACGAAUAUGGCAGAAAAGGAGCUGCACUGGUCAUAGUUGCCAGGAGGGAGAACAAGCUACAAAAGGUUGCCGAAAGAGCUCGUGGGCUUGGAUCUCCGGAUGUUCUUCCUAUUUGUGCUAAUGUAGCCAAUGUUAAUGAAUGCAAGCGUUUUGUAGAUGAAGCCAUCAAUCACUUCGGCAGAUUGGAUCAUCUGGUGAAUAAUGCGGGAAUUGUCAGUGUCUGCCCAGUUGAAGAUGCACCUGAUAUUACAAAUUUUAAGCCUAUAUUGGAUGUGAACUUUUGGGGGUCUGUUUAUCCAACUUACUUUGCAAUUCCUCACCUCAAAAAAACAAGAGGAAAGAUUGUUGUAAAUUCAUCAUCUAGUGCGUGGUUGCAUCCACCAACAAUGAGCUUCUACGGGGCAAGUAAAGCAGCAUUGAUAAGCUUCUAUGAGGCAAUGAGAGUUGAAUUGGCUCCUGAAAUAACAAUAACCAUUGUAACUCUCGGAUUUAUAGACUCAGAAAUGUCCCAAGGAAAACAGUUAUCCAAGGAAGGUGUUGUUCAAGUGGAUCGAAAACUGAGAGAUGUUGUUGUUGGGGCAAUGCCAGUGAUGAGUUCCAGCACUUGUGCAAAAUCCAUUGUUGAAGCCUCAUGCCGGGGAGAGAGAUAUGUGACCGAACCAAAAUGGUUUAGUGUGUUCAUCAUGCUAAAGAGUUUGUGCCCCGAACUGGUUGAGUUGUAUUACCGGACCUUUCACUUCAAGCCAAUCGUUUCAGGGAGAAAUGUUACCAACAAUAUGGUAACUCCGCUGCUGCUGAAUAAAGCAGACUAA